AUGUCUAUGCAAGGCGGAGGGUACUACAAUGAGAAUUGUACACUCCAAGGCCUGGCCAUCGACAAGGCACUAUCUCUUCUUGAGCCCCCCAAAUCAAAAGGCACUUCCAUCACUCUUGCUGAUUAUGGUUCCUCUGAGGGCAAAAAUACGAUUCGGCUUCUUGCCAACUAUCUUUCCAACUUGCCUAAUCUUUCAUCUGCAACUCUCGUGUUCAAUAAUUGGUCGCUACUAUCACAAGAUGGCAGGCUACCCGUCAAUCCUCUCAUGGUUCCUAAAUCCUUUUUUGGACAAGUCCUGCCUGAUGACUUCGUCGAUGCAGGAUUCUCCUUCACAGCCCUUCACUGGCUGCAGCACAUGCCAUCUUCAUUUGAGCCAUCAGAUCUGGCUAGACUCGCAAGCACCUAUCAUGUCGAUCCGUCCUUCACAGUACGCUUGCCACUCUACUUCCGUACCAUGGAAGAGAUACUGUCUUCUAUCAAUGCCGAAAAGGGAAAGUGGAUGGUCAAAUCUCACGUAACAGUUCCAAUCAUGCACCCGUCAUGGUCUUCAGCUGUGUUGGAUAAAGACUCUGUGGAUAUGGCAGCCAGGGUCAGGUAUGCUGCUGGUAUUACUGGCUUCACAACUGCAGCAUGCUCUCGAUUUUUGACGGAUGAAUUGGGUGCUUUCCCCAAGAAAAGAGACCUUGAUGAACCCGCCUUGCGAUCGGGAGUUCUCACAGAGGCAACAUUCCUUGAGGACUUAUCAGCUUGCUUCAAGGACGAGUUUCUCCGCUCAUAUAUCACAGAGGAGGAGGAAUGCCCUUUGCUUGAAUAUGGUCAUAUUUGGGUGGAUGCUGCUCUUGAUGACGGGCCGCAAUCUGGAACGGACCAAGACAUUGGACAUGGCCGUCAGGGCGAGGCACAAAAAUCCCAAGAUCUGGACUGCCCAAGGCCAGCCGAGCGAUGGAUAGGAUAUCAGCCCCUGGAGCAGGAGGGGAAAUACAAUGCCUCCAACCGAACCACCGGCGGCAGCAAUGCCCGUAGCAAGACCUCGACGCCGAUAGAAGAAAUGCCCCACGGCGGUGAUGCAGGAAGUGUUGAGGAGGGCGCAGGCCGUGCCAUUCAAAACCCCAAACACAAGCAUAAAAUGCCAAUAUUCUAG